AUGACUUCAGUGAGCAACUCAUCGACCCGAACCGCUCGAUGCAGGACUACCACUGGGCCUGCGACUCCCGACCAGAAUAUCAGAUUGACUUUGGAGAAACCCGACGCUAUGCGUACUACGAGAAAGACACAUUAUGGCCCUGUCCAACAAGCGGAGCGUUACGCGCCACGGAAGACCAUUUACAUAGCACUUUACGAUUGGAGAAGGGAUCCUUGGCUUUGGGUUAGAUCGCAAAGGUCUAGGGGAACGUCAAGGCCCUCUGCGAGGGCACCGUUUAUGGUCCGGAGAAUGGACAAUCAUCACCUUGUUGGCUUCGGGGACGAUGCCCUUGACAGCGCGGAGUACAGUGGAGAUCUUCGUUCUGUGACGGAUCCAGAUCUCGCCUGCAGCGAAUUGUCUCCUGUGUCUCAAAAGCCUGGGUGUUCUCUAACACUCUACGAGUGCAAUCGCGACAAUCCCGGAAAGGCACCGAAAGAUAUAAGGGAAUCCAGGAGACAGAUUAACAAAUAUGCUGCGAUGGCAGCCAUGCCCCCGAACGCUUGUUUCAAUAAUGGUGUCCUGCAAGGUGUACUGGAAGCGUCCGGAUUCGAGAACGGCUCGGUGAACGAUUUAACAGCAAAUGUGCUGCCCAUUAUGCGUUGGAACUUGACAGUAACAAGACUAGUUCUUCGACUAAAUGCCGACGGAGGCUCAGGAAGCUUAAAGUCAAUGGACGCAGCUCUCGGCAUCACCAAGGAACUGGCCAACAGUGCUGUGGACAACUUGGAGAACAAGGUCCGAGUCCAGAACCUAACACAUGAGAACGGAUUUACCAACCGGAUCAUUCACGAAGACCCACUUGCUGAGUUCUUACUUGAGGUCUCAAAUUCAACACCAGCAUCAGCAUCAGCAGUUGCUGAAGAAACCCAGCGGAAGCAAAAGCGGAAAGCACUAGGGGAUCCAGAGAAGUUUUCCAAAGAGAAGGGUCUAGCUACCAAACUGGAGGGUGUUUUCUACCAAUGGAAAGUUCAAACUGAGGCCACCCUAUAUCUCUGUGCCCAUGUGCUCGACUCAGAGGGGCGGAGGGUUUGA